CCCCGCGGCAACGUGUCUACCACCGCGUUGCCCGGCGACUUCCGAGAGGUGCUCCAGCGGCGGCUGGGGGAGCUGGAGAGGCAGCUGCUGCGCAAGGUCGCGGAGCUGGAGGACGAGAAGUCCCUGCUGCACAACGAGACCUCGGCUCACCGGCAGAAGACAGAGAGCACCCUGAACGCGCUGCUGCAGAGGGUGAGCGAGCUGGAGCGAGGCAACAGUGCGUUCAAGUCGCCCGAUGCAUUCAAAGUGUCCCUCCCCCUCCGCACAAACUACCUGUAUGGCAAGGUCAAGAAGACGCUGCCCGAACUGUACGCCUUCACCAUCUGCCUGUGGCUGCGCUCCAGCGCCUCGCCCGGCAUCGGCACCCCGUUCUCCUAUGCGGUGCCUGGGCAGGCCAACGAGAUUGUGCUGAUCGAGUGGGGCAACAACCCCAUCGAGCUGCUCAUCAACGACAAGGUUGCACAGCUGCCCCUGUUUGUCAGCGAUGGCAAGUGGCACCACAUCUGUGUCACCUGGACCACGCGGGACGGCAUGUGGGAGGCCUUCCAGGACGGGGAGAAGCUCGGCACCGGGGAGAACCUGGCCCCCUGGCACCCCAUCAAGCCGGGGGGCGUGCUGAUCCUCGGGCAGGAGCAGGACACCAUUGGGGGCAGGUUUGACGCCACACAGGCGUUUGUGGGGGAGCUCAGCCAGUUCAACAUCUGGGACCGCGUCCUUCGUGCCCAGGAAAUAGUCAACAUCGCCAACUGCUCCACCAACAUGCCGGGCAACGUCAUCCCCUGGGUGGACAACAACGUCGACGUGUUUGGAGGGGCCUCCAAGUGGCCGGCGGAGACCUGUGAGGAGCGCCUGCUGGACUUGUAGCCGCCUCUCCCGUCGGGGGGCGGGGCUCUGCUGACGCCCCGGUUUAACUGUCUGCACCUCCUCCUGAACGAACGGCCUGGGGUCCCCAGGGCCUGAGGCUCUGUGGCAGCACCUGUCUCCGGCUUAUCCUUUCCGUACCCAGAUUUCGUUGUUUUGGGGGUAGGGCCAGAGUCCCUGGGGAAAGCCCUGAGCCGCCGGAGGGCCACGAUCUGACUUCCUCCUCCAGGGGAUUAUGGACCCUCAGGCGCUGUUCGGAACCCCUGUACAUGCUAGUGCACCCCAGCCUGCCCCCCCCAUCCUUGGUGUCUCGUGCGCGCCUCCUGUCCGUCCCCUUCACAGCCUGUGCAGCCGUCCCGCUGGAGUGGCCGUGUCCUUGGUGUGUUGAGUACGUCCUGCUGCCCAUGAGCACGUAGCAAGCAGCCCCCCCCCCCACCUCCCCCUGCAGUUCUCUAGGCCACGCACCAGGAGGGCAGGCAGCCAGACUUGCCCUGCCCCCUCCAAGGUAGAGGGGUGUCUGUGGCUCCAGAGAGGGAGCUGGGAGGGGUGCUCAGAAGGGAGAAGGCCGGUGGUGGCAGCGUCUCGUCCCCUCCGUGGCCUCUCCCUCAGGUCAAUGCUUUGUCACCGAGUCUGGCUUUCGAAGGCCUGUCGUCUCCACUGGUGCCAAAGGUUCCGCUGCAGCUUUUCCAGCCCCUCGGUGUGCGCUAGGGAAUUGAUUCUUCCCAACGGAAGAGGCCAGCCGUUAGCUGGCGCCCAUGUGUGAUGUCUCCCUCGCGGUGAGCGGUUGGCGAGUUUUAACCCAUCUGACUGUCUCCAGUGUUUCCCCCGGAACUUCUUCAGGAAGUGGGCGUCACCUGGCUGGUCAUGUGCUUAGUGACGCCAGGCUGCCGAACUGGUUGGACGGAGGGAGUAGUGGUUACUUUAAAGACACAGCGAUGGCCUGGGGAAGUUUAUAAAGCUAAAUAUUAUAUAUUUAUUUUUCAUACAUGUUUGAAGUGCAGAUCUGUGGAGAUUCCAUUUGUAGGACCGCGCUGACGUGCCCAUCCUGACCUUGUGUGGAUGUUCUCUGUGGCCAGCACACAACGACCGUGGAGUUGUGAUUAAAGUACACAGGACGAGG